CGGAGGGAAAAAAAGCCCGACGGUGUCAAGCUCGCGAGAGGCUAGAGCUGCAUGCAAUGAAACGUUUCUUUCUUCCAAUGGCCGAAUUUGGAAAGUGUUACAGAGCCGACACGACCGCACUCUCCUCCCGUGAAAUCUUCAAAUCCCUAGCGAGAUGAUUUCGAUUUUUUCUUCCUCUCCUUUCCUCAAUUUCACCCCUGGAUCCCAAAACCCUCCGAAAUCUUCGAUACCCAUUGUCAUGGAGGCGUCGAAUUUCAAAACCCUGAUGGAGAAUUUCACGGUGCGCGUCCGGAGAGCGGAGAAUCGCGAGCUCAACGUUUCUCUGCUCUCGCCCUUCACGAUCGCUUCUUCUCGGCUUGAUUAUGUGGGAAACGUCGCGAUUCGAGUUGAGCUGAGCGAUGGGUGUGUCGGUUGGGGUGAAGCUCCUGUUUUGCCGUCGGUGACGGCGGAGGAUCAGACGACGGCCAUGGCGAAAGCGCGGGAAGCAUGCGAGUUUCUGGGGAAUUCCCCCCCGGCAAAGCUUGGGAAUGUUCUUCGGGAGAUCGGUAGAGUCCUCCCUGUUCAUCAAUUUGCCUCUGUCAGAGCUGGGAUGGAGAUGGCAUUGAUUGAUGCAGCGGCAAAGAGCAUAGGCCAACCAUUGUGGAGUCUAUUCGGUGGAGCUUCAGACAUGAUUGUCACUGACAUAACAAUUCCAAUAGUUUCUCCAGCGGAAGCCAUGGAGUUGGCAUCCAAAUACAGAAGACAAGGGUUUCAAACCUUGAAGCUCAAGGUGGGGAAGAAUCUUGAUGCUGACAUUGAAGUUCUUCGGGCCAUACGCUCAGUCCACCCGACUAGUUCCUUCAUUUUGGAUGCAAAUGAAGGCUACAGUCCAGAGGAAGCCAUUGAAGUUCUUGAGAGACUGCAUGAAAUGAAGGUUAUACCGAUUCUCUUUGAACAACCCGUCCGUAGAGACGAUUGGGAAGGUCUCGGUCACGUGACUAGUAUGGCAAGGGACAGGUUCGGGAUCUCGGUUGCGGCGGACGAGAGCUGUCGAGACUUGAAGGAUCUCGAGAAGAUCAUAGAGGGUAAUCUUGCGAAUGUGGUUAACAUCAAACCAGCCAAAUCCGGAAUACUCAUGGCCCUUGAGAUCAUUGAGUUGGCAAGAGCAUCUGGAAUGGAGCUGAUGAUCGGUGGAAUGGUAGAGACUAGACUCGCCAUGGGAUUCUCCGGUCAUCUUGCUGCCGGCCUCGGGUGUUUCAGAUACAUAGACUUGGACACCCCACUUCUUCUAGCAGAAGAUCCUGUUCAAGGAGGCUACGAAGUUUCAGGAGCUGUAUACAAGUUCAUGAAUACUAGUGGCCAUGGUGGAUCUCUUCAAUGGCAUGAGAUCUCUUAAUAAGUUCUUCUUUGGAUCUCAUCACAAAUCAUAUUUUCCACUAUGGUUAUAGCCCUUAUCUUUUUGUGUUAUAUGGAAAACCCAAAUGCCCAUUUCUAAUUUGUUUUUAGAUCAAAUGGUAUGUAAAUGUAAAAAUGUCUAUUUCUAUUUGUUUUUAGAUUUAAAAAAAAUAUCGAAAUGGGUAUUCUGAAAACAAAAAUAAUCAUUCCUACUCGAUUUCUAGUAGGGAUAGCCAUUUCGAAUUUCGGUUCAGAAUUUUA